UGACCACGCUUGCCCUUCGCAGCACUCCGGCAGAACGUGCCACAUGGCGACGGCACGGACCCGCGCUCCGCUCGCUCCGCUCCUCACCGCGCUGGUGGCGUUGCCGGCGUUCGGCCUGGACAAUGGCCUGGCACGAGUGCCACAAAUGGGUUACAACAGCUGGUAUGACCUGGAAUGCUCUGAUGCCAUGAACGAGUCAACCCUGCGCCGCAUUGCGGAUCGCUUGGUGGAGAGCGGGUUGAAGGACCUGGGGUACCAGUAUUUGAACCUGGAUGACUGCUGGGCCAAGAGCCGCAGAGGCGAUGGCACACUGGUGGCGGAUGAGGCGAAGUUCCCAGAUGGCACACUGAAGCCCUUAGCGGACUAUGUCCACAGCAAGGGGCUGUUGCUGGGCACCUACACCGACCGAGGGGAGCAAACUUGUGCGGGAAGGCCUGGAGCAGCCAGGCACGAAGAGUUAGAUGCCAAGACUUAUGCGGCUUGGGGCAUCGACUAUCUCAAAGAGGAUUCCUGCAACGCUUCGGGGGAUCAUCUCACCGCUUUCAUGGAGUAUGGGAAGAUGCGUGAUGCACUGAAUGCAACUGGCCGCCCCGUGCUUUUCAGCCUUUGCGGAUGGAAGAGCUGGUAUGCACCGAUGGGCAGCACGCUUGGCAACAGCUGGCGUAUUGGUCCUGAUGAUAACAACUGGCAGGGCGUGCUGCAGAACAUUGACAUCAUGAAUGGCUUGGAAACCUAUGCAGGGCCUGGUGGUUGGAACGAUCCCUGUUUGCUCCUGAGCAAGAAGACCACCGGCGAAGCGAUCAUGACGGAGCUGCAGACCCGCGCACAGUUCUCGAUGUGGGCGGUGCUUGCUGCACCUUUACUGAUCAGUGGUAGCGUCUUGAAUAUGUCUGCAGAGACCCUUGCCACCUACAGCAACAAGGAAGUCAUCCAAGUGAGCCAGGAUCCGCUGGGACGCCAAGGCCGACGGGUGCUGGGAGGCCCUGUAGCAGAAGGGACGGGGAACGUCUUCGCGCGGCCUUUGGCUGAUGGUUCCUUUGCGCUGGUUUUCUUGAAUUCCGGCAAGGAAGAGUUGAACGUGACCUGUGGCAAGGAGUGCUUUGGGACCCUUGGCCUUUCAGCUCCACUAGCCGCACGGGACCUCUGGGCCCAGCAGCGACUGCCGGACCUUCAGGAUCUAAGCUUCACUGCAUUGCUGCCUCCGGCGGGUGGUCAUCGCUUCCUCCGGGUUAGGAGUCGUGGCAGGUUCAGAGGAGGGCUGUCCCUGGCUGGGUAGACUGGCUGUAGACUCGUCCCGAACCGGCCACCGGUUUCACCGGUCUUCGUGGGGCUCGAGACCCGAAGUCCCAAAGCAAGUGUCACAUGUUUGGGAAAAACCAGGGUGGACACCGCGAGCGAUGCGACCCGAAUCGGGUGGACUCGGUCCCGAAAUGCAUGUUUCAUCAGGCACUGCGAUUUGAGGAGUCUUUUCAACUAUUGGUGAGCCGCACUUGAACAGAGUUUUCAAACACACUGUUCAAAAUGAUUGCAUCGGGGAUCAUAGAUGAUGACUGGGGUGAAUCUGGAUCGUGCGCCGGAAGACGUCCUUCCGGUCGGAUUUCACCUAGCCUAAGCCCCGAAGAAAGUAAAG